AUGAACUUGCAGGUGACGGGCCUGGACCUGGACAGAAUGAAGCUGGACAGCCCUCAGUGCUUCCUGGACCAGGAGGAGGCGGAGGAGGCCAAGGGUCGGCAGCUGCUGGAGCCCGAGACUUGGCGGACCUACGCGGAGCGCCGCAACGCUGUGCACAAGUUCCUGACCUCGGCCCUGAGCCCGCAGCUGCUCAGGCGCCACCGGGCCCGCGUGGAGCUCCUCAAGAAGUGCUCCUACUACAUCGAGAUCCUCCCCAAGCACCUGGCCCUGGGUGACCAGAACCCGCAGCUGCUGCCCUCCACGUUCCAGUUCAUCAACCCCAAGAAGUUCCAGCGCAUGAAGCAGGUGGGCACGGCCCAGACCAAGAUCCAGCUCGUGCUGCUUGGGGAGCUGCUGGAGCAGCUGGACCACGGCCGGUGUGAGCUGGACGCCCUGCUCCAGUCACCGGACCCUCGGCCCUUCCUGGCGGGCUGGGGGCUCGUGGAGCAGCGGCUGGCAGACCUGUCGGCCGUCAUGGACAGCUUCCUGGCCACGAUGGUGCCAGGGCGCCUGCACAUCAAACACCGCCUGGUGUCUGACCUCAGCGCCACCAAGAUCCCCCCCAUCCAGCUCAUGCUGAGCGCCAAGAUGCCCGUCGUGUUCGACCGCCAGCAGUCGGUGGCCCACCAGGACUGGGUCAGCCUGCGCUGCUUCGUCACCCUCCAGCCGGCCGUGCCGGAGCAGUUUGAGCUGCGCUACGAGCUGCUGGACCCACAGACACGGCAGGAGUACAUGCAGCGUGCCACCGUCCCCGUGGCCGCCUGCGCCUUUGACGUCCGAAACCUGCUGCCCAACCGCUCCUACAAGUUCACUAUCAAGAGGGUGGAGGGCUGCAUGCUGGUGUACGAGCCCUGGCUGGACAGCCUCACCCUGCAGACCAGGCCUAGGCCCCCUGAAGGGCCCGCCCCCCCGUAGGCUGGGCAAGCUGGGCCCGGCCCUGACCACACCUUCCUAGAAAUGAUUUCCUAGUACUUAUCCACUAAUAAAGAGGAGU